UUUCCUCGCCUCCUUCACUCUCUCAUUCUCUACAAUCCUCAAUCUCCCAUCAGACGCUAAAGAAAAGUCAAAAAUACCCAUCCACCAUGGCCACCAACACCCCAAAAGCCGACGCAGAGUCAACGAUUCAAAGAAACCCCCAUCCCGACUUCAAAUCUGUCGAAGCUUCCCGUCCCCCCUUCUCGCAAACCUCCCAAUUCCACUACACGCAAACCCCACAGCCUGCAUGGACCCCCGGAACCGGCGCAAACAACACCUCGAACCUGUCCACGCCCCACCGCGAAAUCGAUCCCUAUGCCGAAGGCCGCCCAGCAGUGCACAACUACAAGCUCCUCAUCUCGGGCAUCGCGCCUCGCCCCAUUGGCUUCUUAAGCACCAUCAGCGAAGACGGCACGAGCACGAAUCUAGCCCCCUUUUCGUACUUCAACCUCGUAUGUCACGAUCCGCCGCUUUUUGUGCUGGGGUUCAGCGGCGGGAUGGGCAAAGCCAAGGAUUCGCUGGCGAAUCUUUUGGGGUCUAAAGAGUGCACUUUGAACAUCAUCAGUGAAGACUAUAUCGAAGCAGCAAACUUCACCUCUAUAAACGCUCCCCCGGGUAUCUCCGAAUGGCCCUUGUCAGGCCUGCACCCCGCAAAGAGCAAGUUGGUGAAACCCGACCGCGUCCAGGAAGCCGUCUUCAGCAUCGAAGCCAAACUCGUCGAGACGCGCGAGUGGGAGAGUCGCGCUACGCCGGGGAAAAAGACGGGUGUCAUGGCUGUUGUGGAAGGGGUCAGGUUCUGGGUUAGGGAAGACGCGAUUGAUGAGGCUGGGGUGUUGAUUGAUCCUGCUGUUUUGAAACCGGUUGGUAGGUUGGGUGGUAUCACUUACGGACGCGUGACAGAGGCUUUCGAGUUGCCCAGGCCUCAAUACGAAGAAGUUACCAAAGACCCAGAGGUAGCGAAACUAGCCAAACCGAAAACAGACGGGCAAUUGGAGUGA